GAUUCUUUUUUUUUUUUUUCUUUUUUUCUUUUUUUCCCUCUCUCCCCCUAGAGAUUAUAAUUCUUCCUUUUCUUUUUUUCUGAUUUUGUUUUUCCCAGCUAGUUUGUUUAGGAAGUAGGUAUACAAUCCGUAUCAUUAAUUGAUCUCGAGAUUUAUGGAAAUGUUUUAAUUUUUGAUAAAAAUUUGUGCAUUUUGUACAGUUUUGGUAUAAUAAUUUCGUACUCAAGGACAAGUGAUUCGCGCUUGCCUUUAAGGUUUAAGAGUCCGUACAUUUUAUGUUCAACCAAUUUUCUCCUGCUCUGCUUUUCCUAUGAGUGAUCUCGAGAAACUAUGGAAAUGUUUUAGUUUUCCUUUUGAUAAUGUUAUGAUGCAAUUUUUGUGUAGUCUUCACUUUUGAGGAUAAGUGAUUUGGGGGUAUAUUGUUAGUUCUCAUUUUUUUUUUCUUCAUUCGAUUAUUUAGUAAUGAAUGGGAUAGGUGAAGGUAGCUCAUCUCGGAGUUCCAAUAUCGGAGCGACUAAUUUCCUGAUUAUAUACGUUUCGAAUUUCGAGCUGCAAAAUGAGUUCUGGAAAAGAAAAAAGCGAAUUAGAAGCAUAAAUAAUGCCUAUGAUUGUGGAGAAGAUAAAUUAUGCAGAUGCUGUUUUGGAUUUCUGGGGAGUUCUUCCUGAGGGAAAUCAUAAUUGAGUAUGUUACUGCUUGAGAAUGUGAAGUUCUUUAAUUUGUGUUAUAAUCUUAGUUUGGAUUGAAGUUUUUGCUUUGUGCUUUUAGAUCUGAAAUUAAAGAUAAGAAAAUCAAUAGAUAUGCUUUAAUGAGGAGAUCUUUGUGCAUAUAAUUAUGCGUGGUUUUUGGAUUGAAAAAGGGGUUUUGCUCCAUAAUUAUGAUGCAAGUAUUCAGGUAAAAGCUGGGUCACUAUAGUUUUGUCAAUACUUUAAAGCUAAGUUACCAAUCCAUCAUAUCUAUUUAUGGUAUUUUAAUAAGCAGUGAGUGCGAUUUGCCUUGGUUUUUAAUACUUCACCCGAUUUCCUUUGUUCGCCCUCCUGUUUCCUCCUCAGUUCUGUAGUGUUUCUGAGUCUUCCAGCCAAAUAAUGUCUGCUGGCUCCACUGCUUGCAUACUUGGAACGAUGGGGUCCUACAUGAACUUCAAGAACUUCGGUGACACUGUGCAACAAGAUGGUAGUGGUGGGAAAGCAGCUGGUAAUUAUCGAUUGGUUCGGCAAUCUUCUGUGUAUUCCCUAACAUUUGAAGAGUUUCAGAAUACCUUGGGUGGAUCUGGAAAGGAGUUCGGAUCUAUGAAUAUGGAGGACCUCCUAAAGAGCAUUUGGACAGCUGAAGAGAGCCAGGCCGUGGUGGCGUCUUGCACAGGUGGAGGAGAUGGAAGUAUGCCAGGAGGUAAUCUGCAGCGGCAGGGUUCUUUGACAUUACCGAGGACGCUUAGCCAGAAAACUGUUGAUGAAGUGUGGAAGGAUGUCCUAAAAGAAUCUGUUGCUCCAAAACCUGCAAGUAGUAGUGGGGGUUUGAAUAUGGGGCCUAGGCAGCCUACUUUGGGUGAGAUGACACUGGAAGAGUUUUUGGCUCUAGCUGGAGUGGUUAGAGAAGAUACCCAUCCUCCUGGAAAGGUAAACGGUACUGGUUUCUAUGGUGGUUUACCUCCAUCAAAUGGCAACAAUUCUACUCAAAGUAUAGGGUUUCAACAACCACCCCAGAGUCAUGGUUUGCUUGGCAACCAACUGGCAGAGCAGACCAAUAUUGUUCUUAAUCCACCUAGUUUAGGAAUUAAUAUGAGCGUUGUAACAUCUUUGCAGCAGCAAACCCAGCCACAAUUACAGCCUCUAUUUCCGAAGCAAACAACCUUGGCCUUUUCCUCCCCCACACAGCUUAGAACCAAUGCUCAGCUGCCUAGCUCAGGAACAAAGGGUGCGGUGGUGGAGAUGAAGAAUGCUUUGAGUAACACACGAGUUCCUCCCGGUGGAUCAGUCGUCUUGGGUGGAUUAAGCAAUGGGGCAAUAGUUGGAACGGGUUCUCCUGGGAAUAAUUUAUAUGGAGAUGUUAAGAAUAAUGCAGGCACACCAUCAUCUGCAUCACCUUCACCCUAUAACUUUGGGGAAAAUAGGGGGGGUAGGAGAUCCGCUGCCACUUUGGAGAAAGUGGUGGAAAGGAGGCGGAGGAGAAUGAUAAAAAACAGAGAGUCUGCUGCCAGGUCCCGAGCUAGAAAGCAGGCCUAUACUCUGGAACUCGAAGCAGAAGUAGCAAAUCUUAGAGAAUUAAACUGUGAGUUGCGGAGAAGUCAGGAAGAAUUUAUGGAGAUGCAGAAAAAUCAGAUCUUGGAGACGAUGAAUAAGCCCUGGGGCGGCAAAAAGAAAUGCUUGAGGAGGACACUUACCGGACCUUGGUAGAGUAGAGCAGUAACUCUUAUAUGUACAUAGAGUAUGGACAGCUUAUGACGAUCCUUCUCAGGUCUCAUUCAACGAGUGAUACACUCUCAUGUACAGAAGCAAAAGAGUCCAUGAUGUAUAUUGUGGUGCUACUCCUAUUUAUUGCGUAUGACUAUUUCUUGCUUCUCUGCUCUCUUCAUCUUGUUGUGCAUCUCAACUGCAGUUUAUACUGCUACUUUUGUUAGAGUUUAGGUGUAGUAUUGGCAGCCUUUUGGAUCUUGGUUGAGCAGAAUAUAGUAUUUGACAUGAACAAAAUGAUAAUUAUGUAAUGUUCUGUAAUAAUAUGUUUAUGUUUAUGUUUA